UUGCAUGUAGUUGUUAACUAUUUGUAAACACAUGGUUUCUUGUUGUGGCUAUGAGAGAUGGGAGUUCCAAACCUGUAGACAUAAAAUAGUUGUACCUGAGGCAGUGAACUGUCUUGUCUGCUGAUACUCUUCGGUGCAGUCAUCUACUGGCCUGCCGACGUGGCGGGGCGGAAGAGGAGCCGCUGGUGGCACUAUACGGAUCACCAUGUCCCAGACUGAUGCAGACCCCUCUGCUGACAUCACCCCUUCACCCACCCAGCCCCCUCACACAGACCCUGGUCUCUGUCAGGAUGUCCCAGCAGCCUUUGCACUGCCAUCAGGCCCUCUGCAGCCACCUUUGAUCCCUGAGAGUUUCAAUCUCCCACAAUCCACCACUGAGGAGACGACCACAGAGGACACCACCACCAUGACUAGCGCUUCAGAGUGUCCAACUGACCAACCAGAGCCUGCCCCUGAGGGUCAGGUGAUCAUAUGUGACCAACCAGUAAGCCUGGAGCCAAACGAAGAGGCUGCAGAGGAGGAUGUGGAGCGGUCACUUCAGGAUAAAGAAAAAGGUUGGGGAGGUUGGAGUUCAUGGGGAAAAUCUCUUCUGAGCAGUGCCACUUCCACAAUGGGUCAGAGCCUGACCUCAGUUAAAACAAAGGCAGGAGAAGCUCUGCGUCUCCACAGGACCUCAGUAGGAGAGGAGGCACAAGAAGACGAGGAGGGAGCAGAGGAGGAGAAGAAAGAGGGAGGAGGUGAAAGUGGAGAGACUGAGCUGUCCAGCUCCGGGGAGCAUAGUGUUAGUGCUGCAGCCUCUGGCAGGGGAGUCUUCUCUACGAUCACACACGCUGUGCAGAACACAGGUAAGUCAGUGAUCAGUGGAGGUUUGGAUGCCUUGGAGUUUAUUGGAAAGAAGACCAUGACUGUUCUUGCUGAGAGUGACCCGGGUUUCAAAAAGACCAAGACCCUGAUGCAGAAGACUGUAUCGCUGAGUCAGAUGUUAAAGGAAGCCAAAGAGAAAGAGCGGGCCCGUCUGGGCGACCAUCCAAUCAGUGCACCCACAGCUCACUACGGUAUUCUGUUUGACGACUACCAGGGCUUGUCACACCUCGAGGCCCUGGAGAUCCUGUCCAAUGAGAGUGAGGCCAAGGUCCAAGCCUUCCUCUCCUCCCUGGUGGAAGAGGAGCAGGAAGAGGUGAAGAAGGAGCUGAUUUUCAUUAAGAAUAUCUUCAUCAAGCAAGAGGAAGGCGAGGAAGAGGAAAAAGACAAAGAGAAGGAGGAGGAGGAAGAAGGAGGAGGAGGACAGACGAAGGAUAACGGUGAUCUUAGUUCCCAAUUACACUGUUCUACCCCCCUGUCGGCCGAUGGCGAGGAGUUUGUGAGCGUUCUCACUGAGCUGCUGUUUGAGCUUCAUAUUGCUGCAACGCCAGACAAACUCAACAAGGCUCGGAUGAGGGCCCAUGAUUGGGUGAGCUCGGUGGAACAGCCUGUCACUACGGAGACGGUUGACAGGGAAACGCAGGACCAGCCGGCAGGAGAGGCCUCACCUGGAGAGAAGGAAAUGGAGGAGAAAAAGAAAAAUGGAGAGCAGGGAGAGGAGGUGAAGGGAGAAGAGGAAGAAAAGGAGAAAGAGAAAGACCCCAGAUCUGUAGAGGCUGUGUACCUGUCAUCAGUCGGCAGUCUGGCAGAAGUGACGGCUCGCAGUAUCGAGCAGCUCCACAAGGUGGCAGAGCUCAUCCUCCACGGCCAGGACCUGGAGAAACCAGCGAGAGACCAGGCACACCUCCUCGCCAGGUUGACAUGUGCCAUGUGUAAGGAGGUGGAGUGUUUGGCCAAGACGUUCUCUGAUACACUGCUUCUUGUUGGGGGUCAGAGGAAAGCAGAGGAGUUGAAUCCGCUGGUAAAUAAUGUGCUGUUAGAGGGCUCUAACUGUACAAACUACAUUGAGAACGCAUUGCAAUUGCUGCUGCCCGUCCUGCAGAUCUCCCACAUCCAGAGCCAGCACUGUCGGUCUACCACAGAACCAGCAGUACAGACACAUUACUAACACACACACACACACACACACACUCACACACUCACACGCUACCUGCUCACCUGCUUGUCUUAAUGUAUCUAUUGUUGUACAGAAAAUUAUAGAGAAUGGAUUAUUCCAGAUUAAAUGCUUAAAUCUACAUUGGACGCCAUAGCAACAGGCAGAAGAUGUAUUAUACAUACAUAAUAUAAUCUUAACGUUUAACAAAUAGAUACAUGUAGAAAUUACCCACAUGCAGGUUGUAUGUGUGAAUCUUCCACAUUGUAUCUCUGAAUGUUAUUUUGACUGAGUUAAUGUUUUGCUUUGAGGAACCAAAUGUUGUUCAGAGCUAAUUCGAGCUCAGCUGUGACUCAUUCUAUCUGACAAAACCAAGAUGUCUCUCUAUCGUCUCCAAAAGUUGAACCAAAAAUGACUGACUGUGUUGAAGUGACUCUCUAUUAAUGUAUAUUAAGCUUUCUUUGCACUCUUAUGGUCCUUUGUUAUUUCAACGGAAAGUGCAUUAACUAACACUAGUGACAUUUUUUAUGUUAAAUUAUGUGAAGUAAUACUACCUUUAUAUUUAAGGAUCCAGUUUGAUUUGACAGAAAAAUCUGAUUUUCAUACUUUGAAUUGCAAAAUAUUCAGUUAUACUUCUCCCUUAUUGUGUAUAUUGAAGAUAUAAUGUAGGUGAAUCAUCUCUAAUUAUGUUUUGUUGUGCUGCUACAUUUAAAAAGUAUAGUUCAGCAUUUUGGGAAAUUUGCUUAUUCACUUUCGUGCUGAGAGUUAGAUGAGACAAUUGAGACCACUCUCCAUCUGAUGAUGAAUAUGAACUUACAGCCAGCAGCUGGUUAGCUUUGCUUAGCACACAGACUAGUAACAUGGGGUUUCCCCAUGUUACUAGGUAGUCUGGCUCUGUACAAAGGUAGCAAAAUGAUCGUCAUAUAUUGAUUAUAGCCGCUUCGAACGUGUAUAUUGAUUAGUGAGCUUUAAAGGUACUGUUACCUUUGGGCACAGUCAGACUAGCAGUUUUCUCGGUUUCCAGUUCUAAUGCUAAGCUAACUGGCUGCUGGCUUGUCAGCUACAUGUUUACCAUACAGACAUGAGGGUGGUAUCGAUCUUACUCUCUAACUCUUGGCAAGAAGAAGAAAAUUAGAGUAUUCUCAAAAAUGUCAACAAAAUGGCAUGGCAUGCCCUCUGUUGGAGUCCGAACACCUUGAAGAAGUCUUGCCCUCCAGAAUAAAGUAAUUAAUUAAUACUGUU